AUGACCUGCCGCUCCUACAGGAUCAGCCCAGGAUGUGGGGUCACCAGGACCUUCAGCUCGUGCUCAGCUGUGGCCCCCCAAACUGGCAGCCGCUGCUGCAUCAGCGCUGCCCCUUACCGAGGGGUGUCCUGCUACCGGGGGGUGACGGGCUUCGGCAGCCGCAGUGUCUCAGUCCUGGGCUCCUGUGGGCCCCGCAUAGCGUGGGGCGGCUUCCGCGCCGGCUCCUGCGGCCGCAGCUUCGGGUACCGCUUUGGCGGCGUGUGCGGCCCCAGCCCGCCCUGCAUCACCACCGUGUCGGUCAACGAGAGGCUCCUUGCGCCCCUCAACCUGGAGAUCGACCCCAACGCGCAGUGUGUGAAGCACGAGGAGAAGGAGCAGAUCAAGUGUCUCAACAGCAGGUUCGCUGCCUUCAUCGACAAGGUGCGCUUCCUGGAGCAGCAGAACAAGCUGCUGGAGACCAAGUGGCAGUUCCACCAGAACCUCCAGUGCUGCGAGAGCAACCUGGAGCCCCUGUUCCAGGGCUACAUCCAGACGCUGAGGCGGGAGGCCGAGCGCGUGGAGGCCGAGAGCGGGAGACUGGCCUCGGAGCUCAGCCACGUGCAGGAGGUGCUGGAGGGCUACAAGGAGAAGUAUGAAGAGGAGGGGGCUCUGAGGGCCACAGCAGAGAACGAGUUCAUGGUUCUAAAGAAGGACGUGGACUGCGCCUACCUGCGGAAGUCAGACCUGGAGGCCAACGUGGAGGCUCUGGUGGAGGAGUCUAGCUUCCUGAAGCGCCUCUAUGACGAGGAGCUCCAGGUCCUCCACGCCCACAUCUCAGACACCUCAGUCUUCGUCAAGAUGGACAACAGCCGGGACCUGAACAUGGACUGUUUCGUCGCCGAGAUCAAGGCUCAGUACGAUGAUGUUGCCAGCCACAGCCGGGCCGAGGCUGAGUCCUGGUACCGCAGCAAGUGCGAGGAGAUGAAGGCCACAGUGCUCCGGCACAGGGAGACCCUGCGCCGCACCAAGGAGGAGAUCGGUGAGCUGAACCGCGUGAUCCAGAGGCUGACGGCCGAGGUCGAGAAUGCCAAGUGCCAGCGGGCCAAGCUGGAGGCUGCCGUGCCCAAGGCAGAGCAGCAGGGCGAGGCGGCCCUUAAUGAUGCCCGCUGCAAGCUGGCCGGGCUGGAGGAGGCCCUGCAGAAGGCCAAGCGGGACAUGGCCUGCCUGCUCAAGGAGUACCAGGAGGUGAUGAACUCCAAACUGGGCCUGGACAUCGAGAUCGCCACCUACAGGCGCCUGCUGGAGGGCGAGGAGCACAGGCUGUGCGAAGGUGUGGGCUCUGUGAAUGUCUGCGUCAGCAGCUCCCGCGGUGGAGCCCUGGGGGGCCUCAUGUAUAGCACCACCCCGGGCCGCCAGAUUGCCUCUGGCCCCGUGGCCACUGGGGGCAGCAUCACAGUGAUGGCGCCCGAGUCCUGCGCCCCCCAGCCCCGCGUCUCCAGCUUCCGCUGCGGGAGCAGGUCCGUCCGCUUUCCCUAGAGUCCGAGGCCCCGCCUGCGUCCCCCGGGCACGGAAUGGUGUGUGAAUGGAAAAUGUGUGCUUGCUGCCAGAAUCCUCCACGUGUUCCUCCAAGGGAAAGACCCUCCACUGCUCUCCACCACCUUCUCAUUUUAGGGAGUUGUUUCCUGGUUCUCCAACAGGCUUCCGUUAGAGAGAGUCAUUCCCAGCCCUUUUACUCAAUUCCGAUUUGACUCCUAAAUACCAGUGGCCAAUUUGUAUUAUUCACCAGGCUCUCUGGGGCCCUACCGGUCACCCAGGGCCACUGGACAUUAUGAAAAUUUGGCCUUCUCCUGGCACAAGGAAUAAACCUAACUAUACAGCCUGGUCUCCCACAGCCUGAGAAUCAGAGAGGAAGCAGCACCCCGCCACUUCCAGCAGCUCCCCUCUCCUGGCCGGGAAGGUCUCUGCAGGAAAGAAUUGCCCCUUGGUCAUUUUUGUUUGUGUUUUGCUUGUCUCUCUAACCAACUGCCUUCUUCUGGGUUAACCUGUUCCAGCCAAACUCCUCCUGUGACCUCCCAGUUGAGAGACCCAUUAUGGGGGAAAUUCUUCUGACUUCGGACAGGUCUUGCUAUUCAAUACACCUUUAUACAUUUCAAAGAAAACACCAUGGUUGCUCCAAGGUCACCCCCUGCCGGUGCAGGAGGGAUCUGUCCAGUGCUGAGUGGGUGGGAUGGAGCAGGUGAGGCCACUACCUGGGUCUCCCUCUUGCUAUGACUGUCUCUGGAUGCCUCGCCUUCUGGGUUGUCUCAAGCCUUGUUUCAAUAAAUGCUGCUGCUAUGCAAAGACA